AUGGUGGCUACUUAUGUGACAGAUAAUUGGAAUAACUACUUUAGGCUGUAUAAAACUACUAUAAAGAAAAUUUAUGACACCAACGAUGCUGCUACCAUUACUGGGUACGAGGAUGUUCCUGCCAACAAUGAGAAGGCACUGCAGAAGGCUGUGGCCAAUCAACCGGUGUCUGUGGCCAUCGAUGCCAGUGGCUCUGACUUUCAAUUUUACGAGAGUGGUGUGUUCACUGGGUCAUGUGGAACUGACUUAGAUCACGGUGUCACAGCUGUGGGAUAUGGUGUUAGUGACGAUGGAACUGAGUAUUGGCUUGUAAAGAACUCAUGGGGAACCCAGUGGGGUGAAGAAGGCUACAUUAGGAUGCAAAGAGGUGUGGCUUCUCAGGAAGGACUCUGUGGCAUAGCUAUGCAAGCUUCUUACCCUACUGCAUAAUUCAAAAAAUUGUACCCUGUCAUAAUAUGUACAAUU